AUGCUGGAGAAAGUUGUGCAGGUUCUCCAGGAACAGGGCCUCCUGAUGACCGGGGAGAGCCUGGAGGAUCUAAGAGGACUGAGGGAAGAGCUAAGGAGUGAAAGGCAGCGCAUGCAGCAGGAGAGGAACUGCACGGAGCGGCUGAGGCGUGCAGAGAGACAGCAGUGGGAAGAGGAGAAGUCCUCCUGGCAGAGGGAGAUGAGAGAGUUCAGGCAGCAGUGGGAAGAGGAGAAGGCCUCCUGGCAGAGGGAGUGCAUGCGAGUGCUGGAGAGCAUGGAGCAUGAGAGGAGGGCAUACAGGAGGGAGCUGGCACAGCAACAACGAAACCUGGAAGUGUGGAGGCAGUGGGAGGAGUGCCAAUUAAGAGAACAGGUAGAGCGGUUUCAGCAGUCUGAAAUGUGGAGGAGAGAGCAUGAGGAGGAACAGUGCAGAGCAGAGAUGUAUGAAUUGCAUCAGCGGUGGGAAGAGCAGCACCACAGAAUACAGGCCUCAAUGUUUGAGCUGCAUGAAGAGUGGAGGAACUUUGAGGAGCUGAACCACAGAGAACGGGAGGACGUGUUAGAGCUCUUUGAAGGGCUGAGGAGAGAAUGGGUCACCUGGGCAGAACAGAGAAUGCAGGAGAGAAACAUUCUGGAGGAGGAACGAGAAACCAGGGAACAUUACCGGAGGAAAGAGAGGGAGGAGUGGAGGAAGCAGAGGGAAUUCAUGGAGUUUGCAUAUGAGCGCAUGGAACUCCAACAUGAGAUGGAAAUAGAAAGGUUGGAAGUGGAGAUAAGGGAACUGAGAUCACUUAUCUUACACAUAACUGAGGUGAAAACUGAGAGAGAGAGCACUGAGGAGACGUACGAUCCGGUCACCCAGGCCACGGGAGAGACAACUGCGGUUCUGAUAGAGGAGGGGAUCAGUGAGAGAGAAAUGGAGAACGAGCGGAACCUCGUCACAGUGGGGAUAGAAAGCAGUGAGAGGGAGAGCAAGAAAGAGGAGAAAGAAAGCCAGAAACACAAGAAGAAAAAGAGUUUUUGGUCACUGUUCCGCUGUAGAAAGCGAGUCACCACAAAAAAAGAGUGCAAAGAGGAGACAGUUGGACAAAGUGCUCUGAACUUGAGGAAAGUGGGAAAAUUGACAAGUCACAUACUAGCUGGGGAGAGCAGCAGGGAGACUGAGAAGAAGACAGAGGGAGAGGCCAAUGUCAGUAAGACUGAGAGCAAGAACAAAAACAGAACAAGAAGACAAAAGGUUUCUGGUCUGCCUGGCGUGGGAAAAAAUAAGAUGGAAGAUAUAAGAAAAGGGCCCAGAUGGUGCUGCAGCAGAAUCACCUCUGGCUGGAGGCUACAGCAGGCCAGGCUUGGACCGAAACAACACACGGUGACGGAUUCCAGGACCGACCUGUACAGGCCCCUCAGAGUCACGUGGUGGUGAGGCAGUCACAGUGAGCAAACUUGGAAGGUUGGUAAAAGGUCAGCUGGGAUGGAGAACAAGGUAAAGAAACAGGCAAAGUAUUGAAAUGACCAAACUGGAAGAACUAUGGUGGCUCUCUCAUUUAUCUAAGGAAUGAACAUCAUGCGAUUUCUGUACCAAAGCAAGCAUCAUAGCAGCAACAUCUAAAAGAUUAGAGAUUUUGAUGAGAGUGAAUGCUUGCAAUAAGCUGUUUUGCGAAAGUGAGUCAAACAGCACAAGUGAGCAGCUAUCCCAAAGAAUUAUUGUGGGAAAUUUAAUUAAUGUUUUUUACAGGUUGUGUUGUGGGUACACUGAUGGCUAUAUGUAUAUUAGCUGUAGUGACAGAGCAUGGCAGCUUUAGGG